AUGGAAGACAAGUUUGAUGAAGGUCCGCGCAACUACAACGAUGAGUCAAGUGCCGUUGAGUUUGAUGAUCAAGACGAGGACGAAGAAAAAGAAGAAGGUAAAACUGACGACGACAUGGACUCGAGCGACGAUGACAACGAAGACACCAGGUCUUCAAAGAGCAACAUCAAGAGACACACGCGCACUCAAUCACUUGAGAAAGCUACCGUCAUUCCAAGUCCCAAGCAAAGAACGUACAGAGGUCCGUCGCUUGAGCAUGUGUCAGCGGCUGCAAUGGAUUUUGAAGCAGCCUACAUCGUUGAUUCAGUGGGGAAACGCCGACUACAUUCAAAGAAACGACACGUGGGAAAUCGUGCCUCUUCCGAAGGUCGCAAGGCCAUCGGGUGCCGAUGGGUUUUUCGUGUAAAGGAGAAUCAAGAUGGCGAAGUUGAACGUUUCAAGGCAAGACUUGUGGCCAAAGGAUUCUCACAGAAAUUCGGAGUUGACUAUGAAGAAACUUUCGCACCGGUGGCCAAGUUCACAUCGAUUCGUGUGGUGCUCAGUAUGGCGGCCAAGUACGGCCUAAUGCUACAUCAGAUGGACGUCAAGACAGCGUUUCUUAACGGCUCCCUCAACGAAGACAUCUACAUGGACCAGCCGGACGGAUACCUGGAUGCAACACAGCCGGACUAUGUGUGCAAGCUAAAGAUAUCACUCUACGGCUUGAAGCAAUCGCCUCGCAUGUGGAACCAAACAAUCGAUGGGUUCAUGAUCAAGAUGGGAUUCAAGAAGUGCGAAUCGGACCACUGCAUCUACAUCAAGCGAGACGACCAAGACAUGAUUAUCGUGGUGCUCUACGUCGAUGAUCUCAUCCUGGCCAGCAGCAACAACGAACUCCUCAAGUCGACCAAGAUGGCGCUGAACAAACGCUUCGAAAUGACGGAUCUCGGUGAGCUCGAUUACUUUCUUGGCAUGGAGAUCAAGAACGACCGUAAGACGGGAAUGGUGACUGUGCAACAAACCAUGUUUCUCAAGUCCGUGUUGACCAAGUUCGGAAUGGAUAACAGCAAGCCAGUGAAGACGCCUCAAGAUCCCGGCCUGAAGCUAACCAAGAACAUGUGUGAACAAGAAUGCAAGCACGAAGACACCAUGUGCAACGUGCCAUAUCGAAGUGCUGUCGGAGGCAUCAUGUAUCUCAUGGUCGCCACACGUCCGGAUCUAGCUGCUGCAGUGGGAUCAUUAUCCCAGUUCUCGUCCGACCCAUGCCCGACUCACUGGCAAGCUUUGAAGCGUGUGCUGAGAUACCUGCAAGCAACGCCCAAUCAUGGUCUUGAGUUUACACGUGAAGAAGGAAGCCGUAUCUGCGGGUACACCGACGCAGACUGGGCCGGCGACAUUGAGUCAAGACGAAGUACAAGCGGCUAUGUGUUCAUGAUGAACGGAGGAUGCAUCAGCUGGAAAAGCCAGAAACAACGGACGGUCGCGCUAUCUUCAAAAGAAGCAGAAUACAUGGCGCUUUCCGAAGCAACCAAAGAAGCAGUAUGGCUCAAGGUGCUUUUGGGGGAACUUGGUGAGAUGACAAGCGACGAAGCGAUCAAGAUGUAUGAAGACAACCAAGGAUCAAUCGCUCUCGCCAAGAACCCGGAGUUCCAUAAGAGAACAAAACACAUCGACAUACGCUACCAUUUUGUGCGUGAGAAGGUGGAAUCAGGUGAAGUCGUUUUGGAGUAUUGCCCGACUCAAGAUAUGCUGGCAGACAUGAUGACCAAGCCGAUCGCCGCUGUACAAUUUGAAAACAUUCGCGAUCGACUUGGGAUCCAAGGUGCCGCAGCUAACGAGUCGAGAGGGAGUGUUGAAAAGACAGCGGCUGUGAAGAAGACACCUCGUCAAGCUGCGUCAAGUGUUGAAGCAAGUGGAAGACCAAGCUUCGCUAUGUUGAAAAGACAGCGGCUGUGA